AUGGCAGACAGGUCUAAAUUUGAUUUUAUUGGUUCGAUUCCGGAGGCAAGGCUUUGUGAUAUUCCUACAUCAAGUAAGAUUCUUAAAAUACAUUGUACUCUCACUCCUUCAGGACCUCGUCCUCUCACAAACGAAUUUCAAGCCAUUUUGGCUGAGGCUGAUAAACCCAAGAAAGGGGGCAAAGGGUCUAAGAAACCUGUGAAGACUGAUUCUACGAAAGAAGGACCCUCUGCAGCUACGAAACCUCCAUCUCAUAAGCAAAAGGCUCCUAAUACUUCUACUACUGCACCCAAGCGAAAUUCUGAGACUGAGUCAGAGAUUCGCAUUGAGGAGGAUCCACCUGUUCACAAUGAGGAUGAUGAACCUAUUUGCACUGAAGAACAGGAACAAGUUCGCACUGAGCGUGAGGUAACUCCAUCAAUUAAUGAUUUUGUUCCUUUUCCUCCUCCCUCACCAAAAACAACUACUUCUGUACCAAUAACCAUUUCUCCGCUCCCAAUUGUAUCAUCCCAACCACCCAUAACGAUUUCAGUGUCCAUACCCAUUUUCACAGAUUCCACGAUUCCACCCCAACCCUCUUUUGCACCUGAAUGUUCAGUUAACGUAUCUGAUAUGGGGGCUAAUACUUCAGGUAUCCUUGAGCGAGUCGCGAAGGAUCAUAUUGCCAAUAUUUCUUCCGUCUCCAAGGCAAUUUUUAACUCUGUUGCCAUUUGCAAAGAAACGAACGAAAAAGUCGAUAAACUAAUUACUAAUACAAGGGUAUUCAUCUACGAAUACCAGGUUACCUACAACAACAACACGUCCAUAACAAAUAAACCUAUUCAAAAUGUUGGUGCCAUGUUCAAAGCAGAAAAGGAGACCUUUUUUGAACUUCAUACCGAGUUCAAAUGUGAUCAUGAAGCAUUCCAAGCCUCUGUCGAUGUGAGACUCACAAAGCUUUAG